UCAAGAAAAGUCAAAGUUUCAAACUUGAAGAAGUGAACAUGCAUAUAAGGAUAUGAAGGCAGCCCAGAAUUAAUGGCGCCACCGUUUCUCGUCCAGGCUCUGCCAUGUCGGCUCCCUCCCUCAGUCCUCAGCAUCAAGAGGGCGAGAUUCAGUUCUCUCGCGACAACCACUUCGCUCUUCACGGCUUAAUCACUCUGCUCACUGUCGUCCUCGUCUUCUUUCUCUUCAUUGUCUUCAUCAUCAUCAUCCCUUGCUUGAAGCGUUCUCGUUCUGCUUCUUCCUCUGCUGCUGCCACUUCUGAACCAGAAGCACACGAAGAAGAUGAAGAUUCCAGAACUCCUUCAACACACAGAGUUGAAGAGAAUCUCACUCAGACACAAACGAGUUUCAUAUCUAACAGUAGUAGCGAAGUUAUUAGUGUGAAGUUUCCAUUGUAAGAAAGUAUUCUUUCUGUGUUUCUCGGGGCAGAUUGUUGGCCGAGACUUGAGAUUCAUGGUGGACAAUUUGGCAGUUGGAGAUGAGAAUAGAUGUGAUGGGCUUUAAUUUCCGCGUCCUCUGCAUCUAACCCAUAUCGGUAAUUUGUGGUUAUCAUUGUUGUGUCCCGCGGGUCCCUUCUCAUAAAGCUCCAAAAAGCAACAAGUGCAGCUAGUUCAUUAAAUCGCACAAAGGAUCACAUCAUUGUAUAUUUACCUCUUAGCCAUUGGAUUGCUAGGUACUCUUUGAUAAAUUUUAUGUACGCUUUUGCACUUUCUUUUGUGGGAUUU